AUGGAGAUUGAAGGGGAGAACGACAAUAUUGCAGGACAAUUGAAAACAUCGAACGGGAAACUUUGGUACACGAUUGGGAUCUUAAAUGAGAACGAGGAGUUGUAUGACCAAGCAAUUGAGUGUUAUAUGACUGCUUUGAACCAUAACCCGAUGAACCUUGACGCUCUUUCUCAUUUAGCAAACAUAUACAAAAUCAAAAAACAGUUCAUUCAAGCUGUAUUUAACUACGACAAGUACUUGAAGAUCAAUUCGACUGAUGGAACGGCUUGGAUGAAUUUGGGAGAGUGUUUCUUGGCACUUCAAGAAAUUAAUAAGGCACACAACUGCUUGAAAAACGCGAAUAGGUUCAUUAAGAAUGACCCCAAACUGUUGUUCCAAUUGGGGAGUAUGUACGAAAAGGCUGGGAUGUUCGAGCAAGCGGAAACGUAUUAUAAGAAAGUUUUGGAGGGAAGCUAUCCGGAGAAUGUUGCGGAAAUACACUUUAAAAUGGCGAUGCUCAAUAAACAACACUCGCAAUAUGAAGAGUGUUAUGAAAUACUCACGAACGAAUGCUGGAAUAAUCCACCAGAGGGGAUGACACAAGAAGAUAUCUUGUGCCAGUUAGUACAAUUGUUCCAAUUGACGCACUCGAUUGUGAUUGGAAGAGACGCGCACGACAAGGCAAUUGGAUUGAUUAACGAACACGACCAACCAUUUAUGUACAUAUUGUAUGGAUGGUUAAUCCAUUUGUUUGUGAUGAAUCCAUCAGUCAACGAGACGUUUCAUGUUGAGGAGAAUUCACCAUACCAAGUGAUAUGUGGUGUCGUUCAGAAAGACCCAACAAAUGUAUUAGGGUUGUACGUGUAUGGGAGAAUCCUCGCAGACUCAAAACACCCACAAAAUGCAUUUGACGCGUUCCAUCAAGCGUUACAAGUUGAUCACACCAAUCCUUUGUAUUGGUGCUCAAUUGGAAAUUUGUACUACCAGACUGAACAAUACAACGAAGCGAUUAAAGCGUAUUUUAAAGCGGUUGGGUUGACGCCACAAUUACCGGAAGUGUGGUACAAUAUGGGUUCCUUGUAUGUAUAUCACGGACAAAAAGAAGACGCGAUUAGUUCAUUCAAACGAGCGCACGAGCUCGAACCAAACAACCCGACGUAUGCAACGACAAACCUUGAAAAAAAUACAAAUGAGCGACCCCAAAUCAUCGAUCCAUCACCAUUUGCGACGCUGCCGAACUUUACUAUUGAGACGUACACGAAACCGGCACUGCCAACGAAUUUAAGUCUUGCGGAACUGAACGAACUGCAGAAGAUUCGAGUGCCCGACUUGAGUGCGACAAACUAA